GGCUCGUCUCUGCUCCUCACAGGGUCACCUCACUCCUGCUGGGCAUGGAGAGGAUGUGAGCAGGGCCAGAGUCUUCAUCUUGCUGCUGGGCCAUGGGAGUCUGAGAGCAGCUGGUCCUUGCCUCGCUGCCAACAGCCACCAUGGGCUGCUGCUGCAGCUCAGACUAUGACGAGGACUGGAUCGAGAACAUUGACAUUUGUGAGCACUGCAACUACCCCAUCGAGCCCGACAGCAAGCCCCAGAGGCUGAUCCGCAACGGCUCCGAGGUGCAAGACCCACUAGUGUCCUACAAGGCCACAUCUCCACCGUGCUCCCCACUGCAAGGUAUGGUCCCCACUGCAAGUUAUGGUCCAUGGCAGGGGCAGCCAUGGCUAACAGUUGGCCACUGCCACCCUGUCCCUCUGCCCCUCCUCCCAGAUAAGCUGGUGGUGGCCCUGUACAACUAUGAGCCCAAGCACAAUGGGGACCUGGGGCUGCAGAAGGGCGAGAAGCUCCGCAUCCUGGAAGAGAGUGGGGAAUGGUGGAAGGCUCAGUCGCUCACCACCGGCCAGGAGGGUUUGAUCCCCUACAACUUUGUGGCCCUGCUGAACAGCCUGGAGCCUGAGCCGUGGUUCUUCAAAAACAUCAGCCGCAAAGAUGCAGAGCGGCAGCUCCUGGCCUCGGGCAACACACACGGCUCCUUCCUCAUCCGAGAGAGCGAGACCUCCAAAGGCUCCUACUCACUGUCGGUGAGGGACUUCGACCAGAACCAGGGCGAGACGGUGAAGCACUACAAGAUCCGCAACAUGGACAAGGGGGGGUACUACAUCUCCCCCCGCAUCGCCUUCAGCAGCCUGCAUGAGCUGGUGGAGUAUUACACACGCUGCUCAGAUGGGCUGUGCACCCGCCUGGGCAAGCCCUGCCGGACCCAGCGCCCGCAGAAGCCCUGGUGGCAGGAUGAGUGGGAGGUUCCACGGGAGUCGCUGAAGCUGGUGGAAAAGCUGGGAGCAGGACAGUUCGGAGAAGUUUGGAUGGGCUUCUACAAUGGCCACACUAAGGUGGCCAUCAAAAACCUGAAGCAGGGCAGCAUGUCACCCAGUGCCUUCCUGGCAGAGGCCAACCUCAUGAAGAACCUGCAGCACCCACGACUGGUGCGGCUGUAUGCUGUGGUGACAAAGGAGCCCAUCUACAUCAUCACAGAGUACAUGGAAAAGGGCAGCCUUGUGGACUUCCUCAAGACCUCAGAAGGCAUCAAGCUCAGAAUCAAUAAACUGCUGGACAUGGCAGCACAGAUUGCUGAGGGCAUGGCCUUUAUAGAGGCCAAGAACUACAUCCACCGUGACCUGCGGGCUGCCAACAUCCUUGUGUCGGACACUCUGUGCUGCAAAAUUGCCGACUUCGGGCUGGCCCGGCUCAUCGAGGACAACGAAUACACGGCUCGUGAGGGGGCUAAAUUCCCCAUCAAGUGGACGGCGCCAGAAGCUAUUAAUUAUGGGACGUUCACGAUCAAGUCAGAUGUCUGGUCCUUUGGCAUCCUGCUCACAGAGAUCGUCACCUAUGGCCGGAUCCCGUAUCCAGGAAUGACCAACCCUGAGGUGAUACAGAACCUGGAGCGUGGUUACCGCAUGCCGCAGCCAGACAACUGCCCGCAAGAGUUGUACGAACUGAUGAUGCAGUGCUGGAAGGAGAAGCCUGAGGAGCGUCCCACCUUUGAGUAUAUGAAGAGCGUGCUGGAGGACUUCUUCACCGCCACUGAGGGCCAGUACCAGCAGCAGCCAUAAGGACAAUGGGUUGGGGUGCCCGGAGCUGCUCCCCAUGCACCAGGUCCCCACAGACUCUAUGUACAUUACCUGGGGUGCUGGCCAGUGCUGCCUGGACCUCAGCAGUAAAGAUUUGAAGCACUUCAA